AUGUUCUUCACUCUUGCGAAUUCGUACCCGGGCUACGACUGGAAGGUCGGGUACACGCUGACACAGAGAUUUGUCUUUGGCAUCUACGGCUCGUGGUUUGGAAUUAUGGUCAGGAUCAUGGUGAGCAUUGUGAACUACGCGUCUGCAGCAUGGCUGGGCGGGCUCGCCGUCAACAUGAUUCUCGAUUCCUGGUCCCAGCACUAUCUGCACUUGCCGAACACCCUGACCCGCCAUGUGGCGAUGGCAACCAAGGAACCAAUCGAAUACAUCCUUUUCAACGUCAUCUGCGUCUUCUCCUACCUGUGGAAACCGCACCAGAUCAACAAGAUCAUGAUUUUCUCGUGCAUUGCCAGCUGCUUCGCCAUGGUCGGCAUGGUUAUCUAUCUGUGCCGCGAAAACGGCGGGGUUGGCGAGUUCUUCGUCUCCACAAAGUUGACUGUCACGGGGUCCACGAAGAGAUGGGCCUGGGUGUACAUGAUCUCGUACUGGUUUUGCUCGGUUUCGCCCACCUCGACGAACCAGAGCGACUUCUCGCAUUUCGGCAGCUCCCAAACGGCCAUCUGGCUGGGCACCAUCUGUGCGCUGCUGAUCCCAGCCUCCGUAAUCCCAAUCUUUGGGAUCAUCGGUGCUUCCACCUGCAAGGACCUGUACGGCACUGCGUUCUGGAUGCCAACGGACAUCUUCGACUACUGGCUAAAGAACGGCUACUCCGCGGGGGCCCUGGCAGCGGCAUUCUUCUGCGGUGUCUCGUUCAGCCUGGCCCAGCUCUCCUUUACGAUCUCCAACGCAGGUUUUGCCAGCGGCAUGGACUUGGCUGGUGUUCUGCCGAGAUACAUUGACAUCAAGAGGGGCGCUAUUUUCACCGCCCUGGCCUCGGUGGCCUUGCAGCCGUGGAAUUUCUACAACUCGUCCUCCACGUUCAUGAUUGUGAUGGGCUCGUUCGGUAUUGUCACGACACCGAUCAUUGCGGUUCUCAUCUGCAACAAUCUGGUAAUGAGAAAGAGACGGUACGCUGUGUCGCAGGGGUUUGUCUUGAGGGGUGAGUACUAUUACACUAAGGGUGUCAAUUGGAGAGCGAUGGCCGCCUGGGUGUGCGGGAUGGCCCCGGGGCUGCCAGGCAUUGCUUGGCAGGUCAACAACAACUACUUCCACAAUGCGGGUAUCGUGAACUUUUUCUAUGGCGAUUCGUUCUUUUCGUUUCUGAUCUCUUUCUUCCUGUACUGGGUGCUUUGUUUGGUGUUUUCUCUCGAAACCAACAUUUUGCAUGACGACAAGGACUAUUUCGACUGCUUUACCGACGAGGAGGCCAGUAAGGAAGGGAAUGGUACCGUACAGUCAGUUAGGGCCGCAAAUGGUGGCGGACCAUGGUGUGCAGUGGGAUGGUAA